ACUCGUUCAUUUCACCCGAAAGCAAGAUGCGUCUGCUGGAGACAUGGAGGAGUGGGGCGAGUUCUUGCACAUUCCAGGCAAUAGGUUCUACGACUUCUCGGAGAUCCGGCGUGAGAUUCUGGCUGAAACAGACCGUGAAGCUGGGGGAAAUAAAGGAGUUUCGGACAAGCAAAUUCAUUUAAUAAUUUUUUCGCCUAAUGUUCUCAAUAUUAUUCUGGUUGAUUUACCCGGAAUAACGAAGGUUCCAGUUGGUGAUCAACCAAAUGACAUUGAGGCUAGAAUCAGAACAAUAAUAUUAUCAUACAUCAAGCAUGAAACUUGUAUAAUAUUGGCAGUUUCACCGGCAAAUGCAGAUUUAUCAAACUCUGAUGCACUUCAAAUGGCGAGGAUUGUUGACCCAGAUGGUUCGCGAACAAUUGGUGUCAUCACAAAGCUAGAUAUAAUGGACAAAUGUACUGAUGCACGAAAUUUUCUGCUGGGAAAU